CUGGUUGUGGCAUCACACGUGACAGUCAUUCCAGCAUGUCAUCAAUUGAUUGAUGAGCACGGUUGGGAGGAGAAAGCGCCAUACCGCAAGUUACAAGAAAAGAGAAGUUUCGACGGAGCACGCAAGGUCACGCAAACGAUGUAUAAACAUACGCAGGAAAGAAACAUGAACACUAUUACAUACGGUACUAGCGUCGGACCGUCUGGAGUGAAUGGUGAAGGUGCACCGCACACCUGGGAGGACGAGCCUGAAACGGAUGAUGCGGACCCCAACAGAAUUGUGCAGUGCCCAUAUGACAAAAACCACCAGAUCAGAGCAUCUCGCUUCCCUUAUCACAUUCUCAAGUGCAGGAAGAAUCACCCCAAACUGGCCAGUGAACUGAAGACAUGCCCCUUCAAUGCCAGGCACUUGAUUCUGAAGCACGAAUUGUCCCACCAUGUAGCAAACUGUGAGGACAAAAAGCCCCUCACUACUGAAGGACAUGUUGAGAUCCUAGAUAAGUUCCAGGUUCCCCUUAACUCCUGGACUAACCCCUCGCCCAGUGAGGACUGGGAAACAGAGACUGAUGAUUCGGCUGGUUUAUUUGUUUGGGGUAAAGCCAACAAUCACCCAUCAUCAACCCAAAACAAGCCAGAACCGAUGUCUACGAUCAGUUCUACGAUCAGUUCAUCCGAUGCAGUUCGGGCACCACGAACUCUGCCAUGGCAUCUCUGACGUGUCCCCUCUGGAUGAAAAUCCCCGGACAAGCGCUUGUUUAUUUGAAUACCUCAUUCCUUGUGUAAUUCCCUGUCUAAUUUGUUCAAACCAUACCUCUUUUAAAAUUUGCUUUUAAUUUAGCAGAGCUGUGGAAUUGAUAUUUCUUUCUCUAUCAAUUAUUUUAACGUGCAGUCCUUAAAUACUACAAAUAUGGUCCAAGUCUGGAGUUACUCUGAUACUACUAGAGUUAAACCCAAUAUUUUUUCAAAGGGAGAACUGUGUUGUGGCUGCUGGACAUUCUUUUAUCUUAACAUGUUUUGAUUCGAUUCAAUAAAUGUUUCUUGAAGUGGUAUGUUGCUUUGGUUGAACUUUGUUUUCCCCCAGAUUUGUUGACUUUUUUAUGCAGCAUCUGACCUGUUUAUAUAGUACUUUUCACAAUACAUUUAGCUUUGAAAAUGUGUAGGAAAUGUAAAGGAAUACACUCAAAAUAACAAUUCUGUCAUCAUUUACUCACCAUGUCCUUUCCAACCUGUAUAGCUUUCUUUUGCAACAUUGGUCCCCAUUGACUUGUAUUGGUUUUGUGUCAAUACAAUAGAAGUCAAUAGGGACCAACAGUUUUUUGAUUACCUACAUUCUUCACAAUAUAUUUUGUUUUGCAGAAGAGAGUUACACGGGUUUAAAAUGACAAGAGGGUGAGUAAAUGACAGAACUUUCAUUUUUUGGUGAACUAUUCCUUUAAGCAGUCCUGGUUAAGUGUUAAUAAAAUUCAACAAUUUACAUCUCUGGACAUUUUCAUUAUGCACGUUCAUAAAUAGUACUGGGUUUUUAUGCUGAAUUUACUGUCUUUAUAUUUUAAACACACUUGAGAUUAUAUACAACUGCGGAAAAAAAUAAGAGAUGAAGCA